AUGGAAGGUGAUAAAAAAUCCCUGCAUCCAGCCUUUGUUGUGACAAACAUAAAAACCCUAAUCCCUAUUCUCCUUGAUAUCAAACAGGAUGAAUAUUCUUCAUGGGCUUUUCUAUUUGAAAUACAUCUUCAAGCUCACGGUCUUCUAUUCCUCAUUGAUGGAUCCGCACCAACAACGGAGAUUGACAAAAAUAUCUUGACUCAACUCGACGCUUUGUGCCGUCAAUGGAUGUUCUCCACCAUGGCCAAGGACUUUAUGCUCACGGUUUUGAGAUCCGGAAAAACCGCUAGAGAACUUUGGGAUCAUCUUCAAAAGCUUUUUCAAGAUAACAAAGGUAAUCGUGCUGCAACCCUUGAAAGUAAAUUUGUCAAUAUAAAGUUUGUUGAUUGUUCUAGCAUUGAUGACUACUGUGACAAGCUUAAGUCAUUGUCGGAUCGAUUGACUAAUCUUGACUUCCCCAUGAAUGACAAACGAUUGGUUAUCCAACUUGUCAAUAGUCUUCCAGAGGAAUACAACACUGUUGCGUCCUUCAUUCAACAGUCUAUGCCAACGUUUGAUGCUUCCCGUUCACAACUGGCACCGAAGAAAUUCGUCGUACGUACCAAACCUCCAUGGCGUCUUCUACAGCCCUAG